AUGGCGUUGUCUCAAAUUUGGCGUCCCCAUCAGUGGACGCUAUGGCUUCUCUUUGUGUCUUAUGCCUAUGCGUUCUACGUUCCUGGCUACUCGGUCAAGCGCUAUAACGACGAUGAGCAUAUUCCCCUCCUUGUGAAUAAGAUCUUCUCCGACAACACACAACUCCAGUAUGCCUACUUCGACCUGCCUUUCGUCUGUCCUCCUAGCGGAAGAUCGCAUGGUGGUUCCCCCUUUGGUUCCGGACAAAGCGUUUCUCUGAAUCUGGGAGAGAUCCUCCGCGGCGAUCGCAUCAUGACCUCGGAUUUCGAACUUCAGAUGGGCAAAAACGUCGAAUGCCAAGCGCUCUGCACACAGGAGGUCGGGCGUAAGGAUGUCAAAUGGGGUCGUCAACUCAUCCAUGAAGGUUAUGUAGCGGAAUGGAUUGCCGACAAUCUGCCUGGCGCGACAAGCUUUGUGACCGUUGACCGUAGUCGCAAAUAUUAUGCCACUGGCUUCAAGCUGGGAUUCCAGGAAUUCUCGCCCAUUGACGGCAAGCCGCGUUACUACAUCAACAAUCACUUCACCAUUGUCAUCCGCUGGCGGUCGGCACCCGAGGGCGGAAAGGUUAUUGUUGGAUUCGAGAUCUACCCGAAGAGCAUUCGCGCCGCCGAUCAUCUGGAGGGCGGCUGUCCCCAACAUGUUCACGAGACCCACGAGGGACUGGAGCUGUACAUCCCCCCGGAUACCUCCAAACUGCGCGAAAUGUACCCUGGAUCGUCGUACAUCCCUGAGGACGAUGGCGACAUUGAUGACGGUGCCACUUUGAAGAUCCCCUACACCUACUCCGUCUACUUCAAGGAGGAAAACGGAGUCGACUGGUGGAACCGGUGGGACCUCUACUUCAGCAACCAGGAUGAGGGCUCUACGACUCAUUGGCUUGCUAUCCUCAACUCACUGACCAUCGCUGGUGUUCUUGGUGUCGCCGUGUAUGUUAUUUGGAGUCGCACGGUUCAAGGAGACAUCAAGGAUGUCGAACGGGAUGCGGACGUUUCAUCCGACGACGAGGGUCUUGAUGACGUGAGCGGGUGGAAACUCCUUCAUGGUGAUGUGUUCCGUGUGCCCCAGUACAGUGGACUGCUUGCGCCCCUUGUCGGCUCCGGUAUGCAGCUGCUCUUUAUGGUGUCGGGGCUUCUGCUACUCAGCUGCCUGGGUGUUCUGAACCCGAGUUUCCGUGGCGGUUUCGUCAGCGUUGGUAUGGGCCUGUUCGUCUUCGCUGGUCUUUUCUCGGGUUACUUUUCGGGGAGGCUUUACAAGACCUUUGGCGGUACAUAUUGGCGCAAGAACACUCUCAUAACUGCGUUGUUUUUCCCUGGACUCGCUUUCAGUCUCAUCUUCAUUCUCAACCUCUUCGUGUGGGCGCAGGCUUCUAGCACUGCCAUUCCUUUUGGCACGCUGGUGAGUCUUCUGGCUCUUUGGCUGCUCGUCCAAGUGCCGUUGGUCUAUGCCGGUAGCUGGUACGGAUACGUGCGCACCGCGCCUUGGGAGCACCCGACCAAGACGACCUCAAUUGCGCGUCAGAUCCCGCCACAGCCAUGGUAUUUGCACAGCAUCAGCGGGACGCUCUUGACCGGCCUGGGUCCAUUUGCGGUGCUGUUCAUUGAGCUUCUGUUUGUGUUCAAGAACCUGUGGCAGGACAAGAGCGGAUACUACUAUGUGUUUGGCUUUUUGAGCGCCGUGUCGUCGAUCCUGAUGGUAACGGUCAGCGAAGUGACGGUCAUCGCGACAUACAGCCAACUCUGCGCGGAGAACUACCACUGGUGGUGGCAGAGCUUCCUCACGGGUAGCAGCAGUGCGUUCUGGGUGUUUGGCUACUGCGUGUGGUACUUCAUCUUCCACCUGCACAUCACUGGGUUCGUGUCGAGUCUGCUGUUCUUCAGCUACAGCUUCCUGGCAUGCGCCGUGUAUGGUCUCCUGACGGGCACGGUUGGAUUUUUGACGGCGUACAUGUUCGUCCGGCGGAUCUACAGUUCCGUCAAAGUUGAUUGA